UUCGCGGUAGCUCAUUCAAGAUUUUCCCCUCUAAAGAAUAACAUCACAAUCAAGCUUGUGCUCUAAUUUAUUUAUUUGAGUGUAAAGUGAUAAGAAAAUAUUUCAAAAACUUUAGAUAAAGAUCGUAAAGGGUCAAGCCGCUGUGCCGCCAUGCGGAGCAUCACCUGUGAAAUUCUUUUCCCCUACAAUCGGGCGGAAGAAUUUUACUGUGGUGAAAAUCUUCAUCUGUGCAUUCAGCUCAAGUGUCACAAGCCGGUAACUGUUUGUGGUAUUUUCCUCGAAAUUUCGUGCAGCACCCAGGAAAAUGUGAACUCGAAUGAAUACGGCAGAUACAUUGAUGAAGAAGGGUCAUCAACUGCCCAAGACAACAAAACGAUUGUCAGGAAAACCGAAAUAAAACUGUGGGGUGAAAAUGCAAAAGAAAUCGUUGAUCUAAUACCGGGAACGUUUAUCUAUGACGUUGAGUGUCGCUUGCCUGAAAGUAUUAUGGAACGAAGCUGUGAUCCGGUAGAUUCGGUUGUCAAAGAAUUGGACUACACAUUUAAAGUAAGAAUUAGGAAAUAUAAAAUUGAUAGCAAUAGUGAAAAUGGCACUAGUCAAAUUGUGACCCAUCAAGCGAUGGCUCUUUGCCGGAAGCGCUUGGUAAAUUUUGUUUGGCCAGCCGAAUUUAACCAGAUUUCGAAUUUCAAUCAAACCUUGGCCCGGGUUAGCUGUGAUUUUAUAGAUAUUUUAGACUAUGAGAGUAACAAAUUUCGUCAUGAAGACGACGAUGAUGAGACAGAGUAUACCUUGGAGAAUUGGCUCGAUUCUGUAUUGGAGCAUCCUCCACCAGAAGAUGAAGAUGAAGAGGAAGUGGUAAAUCCUGAAAAUUCUGCUAAGGAUCAGAAUGAUCACGAAUGUGAAAAAAGUACAGAUUCAAAUAUUGUUGAAAAUGUUGGAAACGAAAGUGACGAUAAAAGUACGGAAAAUCAAACGAUCGAGAAUUGAGUAAUACGGAGUAAUCUGAUCCAAUACUUUAAUUAUUAAAAAUCUGGCAGCAAGCAUUUCAUCUAUGACAUUCAUAAUAUUGGAAGUUCUGAAUAACACAAAUCAAGAUAGCUUUAUUUAUAUUAAGAAAUAUUUAAAAAAAA